AGCUUCCUCUGGUGAGUUUAGUGAUUAAACUUCAGUUCUUGUUCAUCACUGUGGUUCACUUCACCUUGCGGUUCACCUGAAGUGAAAACGGAAGUGAACUUUAUUCUGGUUUCCCCCUUUUGUUCUCCUACAUUGUUGUUUUGCUACUCUGUGUUUUCAGUCUGCUCCAGUGAUGUCUCAGAAUAAGGGAUACAGCCGUUUUGACAAUCCUGUGGAUGAUCCACCGCCACCACCGCCGGGUUUCGUGAUGCCUCCUGCUUAUGAAGCCGCUGUUCAGUAUGGGCCUGCAGAUGCUACUGUUCCCGUGGCUGUUCCCGUCGGACCGCCGUACGCUUUCGGGAGCCCUGCAUACGGACAGGGAGUAUCUGGAUACCCACAGCAGCCGUAUCCAGUGGCCGCUCCGUACAGCACAGAUCCAUACACGCAGCCGCUUCCCUACGUGGUGGCGACGGGUGAAGCGGGACAGAGUGACGAUCCUCCAGAAUAUGACAGCGAGCAGUUCAGCAGCUCUGGACUGGACAAUAAAGCCGUCAGACGCGUGUUCAUUCGAAAGGUCUUCAGUGUUUUGAGUCUCCAGCUGGCCGUCACCACUGCGUUUGUGGCUGUUUUCACCUUUGAGCCUCAUGUAAAGCUGUUCGUGAUGCAGAACUCCUGGACGUAUUGGGUGGGAUAUCUGGUGUUCCUGGUGCCGUAUUUCGUGAUUCUCUGCUGCGGAGAGUUUCGCCGCAAACAUCCGUGGAACCUCAUUUCUUUGUCGGUGCUGACGCUGGCGAUGUCCUACAUGGUCGGAGUGAUUUCCAGCUUCUACGACACUGAUAUCGUGAUGAUGGCGAUCGGCAUUACAGUCGUGGUCUGCUUUACUGUCAUCAUCUUCUCCCUGCAGACCAAGUAUGACUUCACUUCCUGUUAUGGGGUUCUGUUCGUGUGCUGCAUCGUCCUGUUCUUCUUUGGGAUCCUUUGCAUCUUCCUUUAUAGCAGGAUUCUGGACCUCAUUUACUCCACGCUGGGAGCUCUUAUAUUCACCUGCUUUCUGGCGGUGGACACGCAGCUGCUGCUGGGGAACAAGAAUCUGUCUCUGAGCCCGGAGGAAUACAUCUUCGCUUCACUCAAUCUCUAUCUGGACAUCAUUCAAGUCUUCCUGUUCAUCCUGAGGAUCCUGGGACGGAGCCGCAGCUGAAAUCUUCAUGAAUUCCUCUUUUCCUUCUCACAGAUCAGUAACUAACUUUCACCCUAAUUCACUGUAGUUAAAGAGUUUCUACUUCCUGAAAACAUGAUGAGGACGAUGUGAAACUGUGAUACUUUUAUACGUCCACAUGUUAUUAAUAUAGUCCGAUUCCUUUCUUUGUGUGUGUGUGUGUGUGAGAGAGAGAAAGUGUGUGAGUGUCCAUGUUUGUGUGUUUGUGUGUGUGUGUGUGUGUGUGUGUUUUAAGUGUGAGUGUGUUUGUUUGUGUGUGUGUGUGAGAGAGAACGUGUGUGUAUGAGUGAGUGUGUGUUUGUGUAUGCGUUUUGUUUUUGUGCAUGCCUGUGUGUGUGCGUGUGCAUUUAUGUGUGUGUGUGUGUUUGAGUGGGCAUGUUUGUGUGUGUGUUUGUUUGUGCGCGCAUGUUUAUGUGUGUGCAUUUCUUUGCGUGCGCGUGUUAACGUGUGCCUGUUUGUGAGUGUGUGUAUUUGUUUGCAUCGCUGUGUGUGUGUGUGUGUGUGUGUGUGUGUGUGUGUGCUAUUCGAGAUGUCUUUGUGUUCUGUUUUCACUUUCAGAAAGGAAUAAAGUCGUUUUUAUGAACGCG